GUACAAACGCUGCUCGUGUCAUUCGGCUGUUCUCUGUCGUUUAAUUUAAACUCUUUUAAAUAAUGUCGAGAGGACUAUUCACCAUUAUUGGGGUUACAGCUGGGGCUGCUGGUGCAGUUGCGUUGGCUCCACUGGCUCUCACUGCAGCUGGAUUCUCCUCCGCCGGUAUCGCAGCAAGUUCUCUGGGGGCCAGCCUGAUGUCAUCAGCAGCCAUAGCCAAUGGGGGUGGUGUGGCUGCUGGAAGUUUGGUCGCUGCCCUCCAGUCAGCAGGUGCUGCUGGGUUGUCUGCAGCUGCUACAGCAGGUGUGGCAUCUGUGGGUGGAGCCACUGGUGCAGUAUUAGGUGGAGCUGUUCAUUUUUUGAAAAGGUUGAGAAAAUAAGGAAUUUACUGGAGUCCAAUGAGCAUCUGUUGACAAAUGAAGACAAAGUCUGCACACUCAACUGUUAUAAAAGGAGUUUGUCAGCACCUUGAUGUCAUGAUAAAAUUUGCACAUCCUAUAAGGAUCACAAGUGUUUAAAUAUAAAAGCAAUGUAUAUUUUGUCUGUCAUGAACGUUUAAAACAAGUCAUUGUUUUAGGUUCUUUUGUAUUGUGAAGUUAAAUAAAAAAAAAAUAAUAAUAAUUCAAAUCUUAAAUGUAUGCAUGCAUAACCCCUGUCUCCUACCAACAGGCCAUCAAAAAGCCCUGCCACAGAAAAGGGAAAAUUGUGUAAGUUUUGCUGUGUCACAAUUAAAAUGAACACUUUAAAGUGUUUUGUACUGUAACAAAUUUAACUUGCCUUCCUCAAAGCGCUGACACAACAUAGAAUCAUGGAAAAUUCAUGAGUCAUGCACUGAGCCAGGCCAUUUGGAAUCCAAGCUUGUGAUCAUGCAUUCAUGAUCACAAGUCAUCUGCAGAUGAAAUGCACAGUAAAUCAUUGUCCUAUCUGUUAGUUACUAUUAAAUUGCAAAUAAAAAUA